GGCAAGCCAGGUCUCAGCGGGUGGUGGGGGGUUGCACUGCGGUAAUAUGGCUCUUCCUUAGCGAGCGGCGGCGGCAGGCGGAGGUGGGGUAGAGAGGUCCUGCCUCUCGGGUGGUUGGUUUCUGGGCUGUAGGGGCUCGGCAGGUCGUGACUGGGCGGUGGUGGCGGAUGCCGGAGGAGCGCGGGCCCCGCCGCUUGGCGGCCCCCGGGUUGAGAUGAGCACCUCGGCGUCGGUCGGGGGCCCGAUCCCCCAGCCGCCCCCGGGCCAGGCCGCCGCGCUGCCUCCCGGUUCCACCGCGCGGGCCCUGCAUGUGGAGCUGCCGUCUCAGCAGGUUUCACUGUGAUGGAGAGAUGGCUGCCAGCAUCUCUAGCCCUGUGUCCUUCCAGGUUCAGAGUCCGUGCGGGAGAAAAAGAACGCUCGCAACACAAUUUCCAGGUCUUCCGUGGACCCUAACUCGGCGCCUUCGACAUCUCCGGAACGUCGCUGCCCGGAACAUCGUCAAUAGAAAUGGCCAUCAGCUCCUUGACACCUACUUCACACUUCACCUGUGUGACACCGGGAGGCCGUGUAAAGAAUUUUAUAGAAGUGAAGUGAUUAAGAAUUCCUUGAAUCCAACGUGGCGAAGUCUGGAUUUUGGAAUCAUGCCGGACCGUCUCGAUACGUCUGUGUCCUGUUUCGUGGUGAAGAUAUGGGGCGGCAAGGAGGACAUUUAUCAGCUGUUGAUUGAAUGGAAAGUCUGUUUGGAUGGACUGAAAUAUUUGGGUCAGCAGAUUCAUGCCCGCAACCAAAAUGAAAUAAUUUUUGGGCUGAAUGAUGGCUAUUAUGGUGCUCCAUUUGAACAGAAGGGUUAUUCAAAUGCUCAGAAGAAUAUUCUUCUUCAGGUAGAUCAGAACUGUGUUCGCAAUUCUUAUGAUGUCUUCUCUUUGCUGCGGCUUCACAGAGCCCAGUGUGCAAUUAAACAGACUCAGGUAACUGUUCAGAAAAUUGGAAAAGAAAUUGAAGAAAAACUGAAACUUACAUCUACAAGCAAUGAGCUGAAAAAAGAAAGUGAGUGCCUGCAAUUAAAAAUUUUGGUGCUUCGAAAUGAACUGGAAAGACAGAAGAAAGCUUUGGGACGGGAAGUGGCUUUACUGCAUAAGCAACAAAUUGCAUUACAGGACAAAGGAAAUGCGUUUCAAACGGAGCACCUCAAGCUGCAGCUCCAAAAGGAAUCUCUCAGUGAGCUGAGGAAGGAGUGUACGGCGAAAAGAGAACUCUUUCUGAAGACUAAUGCUCAGUUGACGAUUCGUUGCAGGCAAUUACUAUCUGAGCUUUCCUACAUUUACCCUAUUAACUUGAAUGAGCAUAAGGAUUACUUUGUAUGUGGUGUCAAGUUGCCCAAUUCUGAGGACUUCCAAGCAAAAGAUGAUGGAAGCAUUGCCGUUGCCCUCGGUUACACUGCACACUUGGUAUCCAUGGUUUCCUUUUUCCUGCAAGUGCCCCUCCGAUAUCCUAUAAUUCAUAAAGGAUCGAGAUCAACAAUCAAAGAUAAUAUUAAUGACAAGCUGACUGAAAAGGAGAGAGAGUUUCCAUUAUACCCCAAAGGAGGGGAGAAGUUGCAGUUUGAUUACGGGGUCUAUCUUCUGAACAAAAAUAUAGCGCAGCUAAGAUAUCAGCAUGGACUCGGGACGCCAGACUUGAGGCAAACCCUCCCUAACCUGAAAAACUUCAUGGAGCACGGACUGAUGGUCAGGUGCGACAGACAUCACACCUCCAGCGCGAUCCCUGUUCCAAAGCGACAAAGCUCCAUGUUUGGGGGUGCAGACAUAGGCUUCUCUGGGGCCAUCCCUUCACCGGACAAGGGACACCGGAAACGGGCCAGCUCCGAGAAUGAGAGACUCCAGUACAAAACCCCUCCUCCCAGUUACAGCUCCGCAGUGGCCCAGCCGGCGGCCGCCGUCCCCCCCGAGGGCGAAGCCGAGAGGAAGACGGCGUCUCUGUCUUCCUCCUUGGACACCUCGUUGGACUUCUCCAAAGAAACCAAGAAGAAAGGGGCAGAUCUGGGCACCAGCCUGCACGGAGGCCACGCACGUGUGAACCCGAGCCAGGAGCAGGGCCCGGCCCUCCCGGGGCCUCCGGCCACCGUGAACGGCACCCUCCUGCCCGGUGAGCAGGCCGGCUGCUCCAGCGCCCCGCUCCCCGGGGGCUUCCGCCCCGGGUCCGAAGCCGAGCUCCGCUGUACCGUGGAGCAGGCGGAGGAGAUCAUCGGGCUAGAGGCCACGGGCUUCACCGCCGGCGAUCAGCUGGAAGCGUUUAGCUGCAUCCCCGUGGACAGCGCCGUGGCCGUGGAGUGCGACGAACAGGUGCUGGGAGAAUUCGAGGAGUUCUCCCGAAGGAUCUAUGCCCUGAACGAGAACGUAUCCAGCUUCCGGCGGCCUCGCAGGAGUUCUGAUAAGUGAAGCGAGCGAGCAAGCGAGCAGACAGGCAGGGGGGACCAGGACCGCGGCCGCCUGACAUGAGGAUAAAGCUGCACUGUUGGCCUCUGUAACACCGACGACACAAACGGCCGAUUCCCGGCGGACAGGCCUCAGCAAAACAGACGGUGCGAGAGGAGGAGGCCCUCCGGCUCGUUGCCCGUCAGUGGGCCAGACAAAGCGAGCUUUUGCUUUGCAGGCCUGACGCUGGUUUCCAGGCAGGAGUCACUCUCUGGCUUUUGUCACCUUAUAGGCACUUGUCUGCUUUUUUAUGCACACGUCUAUGUUAUCCUCAGAGGGAAGAUGAUAAUAUAUAAGUAACAUGAUGAACUCGCCUUUAGAUUCUCCUAAGCAUUUGCCCUCGCCCUUCACCGGUUUUGAACCUUUGGGGAAAUUGAAUAUCGCAGAGGGGCUCCACCGUUUCCUGAAGGCUCUUUGGCCAUCCAUUAAGUUGAUGAGCAAGAAGCACAAUGGUCUCCUUAUACCCAAGCUUCAGGCCCUGUCCCCAGGCCCCACCGUCCACCUCGCUGAGCCCCCCCAUCCUCACGGUCGAUGCGUUGUACAUCCCGACAGCGGAGGGCGUCAGAGUCCUUGGUUCUGAAAGCAGCCGCCGCGACCUCCCCUCUUCUAGUCAGCCCCCCUCCUGAUGCGGCCCUCAGAUUAUAUGGAAAAAGCCUCACCUCUGGCGGAUCCCAGGGGACCCUCAAGGACCCCCAGCUUACAGGAGUCGGGUGGCAUUCAGGUCCCUUUGGAGGCCAAAGUUCUUACAUGGGCAGCUGCUGGAGUCAAAAACUGGGCCUGCUUUCUGGCCAUGCAGUCACCCUAGAGAAGUCCCUACAUGUACAUCCCACGUUAAUUUAUUAAAUUUCAUUCAGAAAGGAAGGCCUUGUAUAUGAUGAAAUAUAUGUAGAGUCAGCCUGUCCAAUGUGCAAACUGCAAGGCAGUUGAGGUAGUAUUAAGAGACUAGAUGAGGCAUAGAAUUCUAUUGGUAUGUGUGCAAUUGCAUAAAUAUUAAAUUAUGUUUCUAAGUCCAUUUUCCUUCCUGGAGCUCCGAUUUCAUUUGCUAUUGCUCUAUACUUUAUAUACCCAAGGACACCGCCUCAGGGUUGCAAGCUCUUUAAGGAAAUUUUAUGCAUAUAUCCAUGUAUUGUAUAGAAGAAUAAAAAUGGAGUUUACUUCACUCGACCUGAUUUUUUUUUUCCCUCCCAGCUUUGAAAUUCCUCUCGAACCAGCAUCUCCAUAUGUUACAUCAUGGCAGGACGCCCUGAACCAACCCUGUGGCUGUGUUUAACGUUGUUGACAUCAUCUGAGUUUACAUAUUGUGCACAGCCCCACACCUGCGCAGGUGUACUCUGCCGUAGCUCACCUGUCCUCCAUAACAACUUAGCUCAUGGGUCUCACAUCAUUUUCGUAUUUUAGCCACGCUUUCCUGGGCUCAGUUUUAAUACAGAGCUACGUUGUUAAGUGGAAUAGCUCACGUUGUUGUGUUUCAUGUAAAGAGUUCACAGUAUCAUCUCGAGACAGACCGACCCAACCUGCAAGCAAUUAAAAGCUUUAACCUGAGCUGAAGAAAUCCACCUUAUUCCUCGUAAAGAGGUGGAACUCCUCUAAACCUGGACCAGAGGCCGUCUGUGGAGUCAUGGCCUCUUUGCAGUGUAGAGGCAACGAGGGUAGAGAGAGACAUGGGCUCGGAUGUACGUCGGACUGGGCGCUGGGGAAGUGACGUCAACCCCCUUGCAGCCCCCCGCCAAAAAAAAGAGCUUUUGAGGGACCGUGUUAGUAUCAAGCAAUGGAUAGUGAAUCACAUGUGAUUCGUGAAUCCCCCAGAUUUGAGAGAGAACUUUAUCUAUUUUUUGUCUUUUCUGGGGCCGCACCCACAGCAUGUGGAGGUUCCCAGGCUAGGGGUCGAAUCGGAGCUGUAGCCACCCGCCUAGACCACAGCCCACGGCAACACCGGAUCCUUAACCCACUGAGCGAGGCCAGGGAUGGAACCCGCAACCUCAUCGUUCCUAGUCUGAUUCGUUAACGACUGAGCCACGACGGGAACUCCGAAGAGAACUUUAAACUUCACACCGAAGUCAAAGACGAGGUGCAUUCAGGUGCAGGCCCUGCAGCCCGGCUCGUGGCAUCCAGAGGGACCAUGGAUGGGAGCGCCCGCAGUUCCAGGGGGCAGCUCAGGUUCCACACCGCCUCCCGUUUGUGGGCUCCCUGAUUCUGGGGUUCACAGCUUCCCCCCGCCCGUAGCACGAAACCCCAGCAUUGAAUGCGGUCCGGUGGCCCAGGCCUGAUGGAGAAGUACCUACACGUUGGCCUGGUCCACGCCGCGUCCAGUGAUGUUUUGCCUCAAGACAUCUCUUAGGUUUGGGGGUUUGUUUAGUUUCGGUUUGGGGGUUUCGUUGAAUUUGUUUGAUGUCUGCCGUCUCUGCCAUGCACGGGUAGAAGCUACUGCGUUGCCUUCUCCACAAAUAACUCUUCAACGUUUUCCAAAGCUGCAGUAUUCGGUGUGCCUCUGUUUAAAGUGGCCGAAGCCAAAAUAGGGGAAGAGGUGUCAUCUCCUCCUAGUCGUUUUGAUUAGUCUUCUACAUCACUAGAAAAAAUAAAAUGUGCUUCAAAGAUCUAAGACGAAGUGAAAACUCAGGGCUCUCCACUUCUGAACUACGAGCCCUUUCGGUUUUCAUGUAGCUGAGACACUGAACAGCCGGCAAAUAUUAUCAGAUGAAUAUUUGAUGGUGUUUUCUCUCUCUUCGCUUCCCCUUUACCCACUUUAAAAAUUCCAGAGAUUUUUUCCAACCCCCCCCCCCAGAAUAUUAGUUUUGGAAGAUUGUAUCCAGCUAUAUUUUUUUAGCCGUUCUAAUGGUGCCCAUUUAUCCUGACCUAACCGGUUAUUUAAAUAAUUUUUUAAACCACCACCAAGAACGAAUGGCAUGUGAAACUGAUCUGUUGGUAAUUGGAAGAAAACUCAGCAUCUGUAUUUAUAAAAUAAAAUUGAUUAGUAUUUAU